AUGCCCAACAAAUCCCAACAAACAACGAAAGAAAGAGACGAAAGCGAGAAAAUAAGAACAUCUAUAAAACGUUGUCGUGGUCUCUCUCAACACUCCCAUACACACUCUUCGUGCUCUCCGUCUCUCUGAGUUGAUUUCCAUCUCUCUAAAAUCUCAGAUCCAUAUCUGUCUCUCCCCCCUCCCCCCGUCUCUCAAUGGCCUCCGUUACGGGAACUUCGAUUUCCAUGACCUCGUUCAAGGCGGCGAGCCUGGCACCCAGCAGCAGGAUCUGUAAUCUGAAAUCAGUUUCUUUUCCUGUUAAUAGGAAAAGCUUCACACCUCUUAGGUUGCAGCCAUUGCGCUUUCAUAUUUCUUGUGCGGCCAAACCAGAGACAGUGACGAAGGUAUGCCAAAUAGUGAAGAAGCAGCUGGCUCUACCUGAUGAUUCUGCAGUCAGUGGAGAGUCAAAGUUUUCUGCCCUUGGAGCUGAUUCUCUUGACACGGUUGAAAUCGUGAUGGGACUUGAGGAGGAAUUUGGGAUCAGCGUGGAAGAAGAAAGUGCUCAGAGCAUUGCUACUGUACAAGAUGCAGCUGAUCUAAUUGAGAAGCUCAUCGAGAACAAAGGCGCUUGAAACAGUUUGGGAGAAUGUCAGAUAUUGCUAUAUUAGUCUUUCUCUAGAGUUCUCUAUUUCAGGCAAAUCUUAGUACUUUCAGUUUGUUUGUUGCUCAAAGAACUUGUGGCGUUCUUAGUGAACUUAACCUUUUUUUUUCCCAGAAAAAAAAAAGGAAAAUCUAGAACUUCUAUGCCUCCAGUUUAUAUGUUUUGCUCGAACAAAUAAUAGUCUUGCCCAUGGGUUUUAAACUUAGUUGCUGCAAUUUAUUGUAUUAA